AUGCCUGGACCUCGAAUCUUUGACCACAUUAACAUCACAUUGACAUAUGAGACAAUGAUGGUUGUUGCACUGACUUACUCCGAGUUGUUCUCGCCGGUGCCUCAAUCGCAUCUUUCUUCCUCCGGAAGCUCUUCGGGGCUGGCAGUGGAACUUCAUGUUCAACAUCGCCAGGGUCCUCAGCCUCACUCUCGGAUUCGGUUGAUGAAUCCCGAGGUCUCCGGAUCAUCACCCUCUUACGCUUCAGAUGAGGAGGUGAUUUCUCAGAUGCAACGCUGGAAAUACACCCAGUCAUUUGUGAUGGACGGAAAUUUCAAAGCCGAACACCUGCAUCCCAUCAAGCCAUAUGAUGAAGUAUGGCUCUCCGAUGGGUUGGGGUUUAUGGUGGGAAAGGAAAGGUAUCAAAAGCAUCUUGAAGAGGCUGCUGACACUGUGGAAAAAUCGAGCUGCAACAAUCAUCGGGCUGUCAAUCAAGCAAAUGCAGCUCGGCACAAGCUGGAGUCCACCGGCAUCGGGGGAAUUUCCAGAAAGGCGAAAGGCAAGCCGGACAUGCCAUUCAACAUUCCUGAGUUGACCGUGCAUCAUUUGCAGACAAAUGAACAUGGACUACGCACUUUACAUCAGGAUAGCUGCUAUGUCAGAUAUGCGUCAAAUUUCAUUGAAGGCAUUGGUUGCAUUGAUGGAGAGAUCAUGGAGACCCUAUGGGCACGUCUCAACCUGAUUUCUCCUGCUGCUCGGGGAAUGUCUUCCCCGCAUUGGAAGGAAUGUCUUGAUUUCCAGAUGAAUGAUUCCAACUUUUGCAAGAUGAUCCGCAUGAAGAGGACCCUUUGCUGGAAAUACAAGCAGGUGAAGACUGGCAUUGCUGAAAGUGGAAAGGCUUUCGACAGACUCAACAAAGCCGCACCGGCCAACUUAAAGACAGACUGGUUAGCAAGUGAGAGGAUCGCUCAGUCCAACAGAAUACAAGAUCCAGCUGCGAUGGAUAUAUAUGAGAUUAAUAUCAAGAAGGCACCGAGCAAAAAGGAGAUAGAGCUUAGACUGCUGCAGGAGGGUAAUGCCCGUCAUGCAGCACCCUCUCGCAGAUCUGUGGCAACAUGGAUAUCAAUGGGCCUGGCAAUUGAAGAGGCUCAAAUUGCAUUGCACAUCGAGACUGCUCUGACGCAUCUGGGAGAGGGAUUUGAUGCAGAUGACGACCCUGACGAUUUGAAUAUAGACAUUCUCAAUGAUCUCGAUGAUGACCUGGAGGAUUUCAUCAGGAAGUCCGAUACAUGGACAAACUCCCCCGAGCUCACUGUCAUCCCAUUGCCAUCAAACCUUGGGGUAGAUCGAUCCAAACGUUGUAUGGCAGAGGAUCUGAUUCCGCUGGAGUUGUCGCUUCGUGAAGGACAGGCCAAUGAUGCCCUUCAUAACCUCCGAAUUCACUUGUGCAACAAGGCAAUACUCUUCCGAACAACAGUCAGGCAAGCCAAAUCUCAAGCAUUGAAAACCCGAGCUUGGUCCCAGGUGACAUCAGUGCAGCAGGCGGUGUCCCUCCAUGCCAGCAUAUAUACCAAGACAAGGAAGCAAAUGAUGAAACUUGAGCCAGGCCAAGACCAGCUGGAAAAAUAUAAACCCCUGCUUCAGGAGCAGCUCAAAAUCAGCACGGCCGUCGGCGAUCCUAAUGCCCGAGGUCAGCGAAAUGAGUCUCUCGCUUGGUUCUGGUCUAUCGAAGUAGAUUUGGGGGGUCCGGAUCACUCGUGGAAUGAGGAAUUUUACCGAGUUCAUUGGCUUCAGGCAAAGGCACUACGGGAUCGAUGGAAGGAAGAACUGAUAUUGGUGGAAUUGGAGAUGGAUUGGAUGUGUAAUUUCUUCUUGUGGAAAUCAACGCAAUGGGGCGACCGGAUGAGGGAAUCAUUGGUGAAACACCUUCCGGGUCAUGCUUGCUACUCCAGAAGGCAAUCCCAAAUGUAUUCAUUACUGGUGCAGGAUGCUCAGGCAGCGUUUCAAGACCUGCAGAGCAUGUUAAUAGAUGCCUGA